GUGUCAGUGUCUGAACCCUCCACUCCCCUCUGAACUCAGUUGUGGCAGCUGCUGUCACUCUCAGGUUUCUAGCCUCUGGCUGAGGGCAACACGGAGGCUGUGAUGGCCACCUCCACCAACCUACUGCUGCUGCUACUGCUGCUGCUGCUCCUGAGCCCGCCUUGGAUGGGGGCUGGUGCUGAGGAACAGGCUGUGGUAUGUUCGGGAACUGCCUGCUAUUCAGCCCACUGGGGCAAGCUGAGUGCCGCUGAGGCCCAGGUUCACUGCAGCAAGAAUGGGGGCAACCUGGCCACGGUGAGGUCUGAGAAGGAGGCCUGGCACAUUCAAAGAGCGCUAGCCCAGCUCCUAGAGCCCGGGGUGCCCCUGGAAACCCAGAAAGGCAAGUUUUGGAUAGGACUCCAGCGGGAGAAGAGGAAGUGCUUGGACCCUAGCCUGCCUCUGAAGGGUUUCAGUUGGGUGGGUGGUGGAGAGGAAACAUCUUAUUCCAACUGGCACAAGGAGGUCAAGAGCUCUUGCAUCUCCAAGCGCUGUGUGUCUCUGAUGGUGGACCUGUCCCACUUGUCUCUUGCCAGCCACCUCCUCAAGUGGUCUGAGGGCCCCUGUGGGAGCCCAGGCUCUCCUGGAAUCCGCAUUGAGGGCUUUGUGUGCAAGUUUAGCUUCAAAGGCAUGUGCCAGCCCCUGUCUCUAGGGGGCCCAGGACAGGUGAACUAUACUACUCCCUUCCAGGCUACCACCUCCUCCUUGGAGGCUGUGCCCUUUGCCUCUGUGGCUCAUGUGGUCUGUGGGGAUGGGGAUAAGAGGAGGCAGCAUUUCUUCCUAUGCAAUGAGAAGACCACUGAUGUAUUUGACUGGGACAGCUCAGGACCCCUCUGUGUCAGCCCUGAGUUUGGCUGCAACUUUAAUAAUGGAGGCUGCCAUCAAGACUGCUUCGAAGGGGGGGAUGGCUCCUUCCGCUGUGGCUGCCAUCCGGGGUUCCGGCUGCUGGAUGACCUGGUGACCUGUACCUCUCGGAACCCUUGUAGCUCCAGCCCAUGCAAAGGGUUGGCCACAUGCAUCCCUGGACCUUCUGAGAAAAACUACACAUGUCUCUGCCCCCAAGGCUACCAGUUGGACUCGACUCAGCGGAACUGUGUAGACAUGGAUGAGUGCCAGGACUCCCCCUGCACACAGGAGUGUAUUAACACUCCUGGGGGCUUCCACUGUGAGUGCUGGGUAGGUUAUGAGCCUGGAAGCCCUGAAAAGGGAGCCUGUCAGGAUGUGGAUGAGUGUGCUCCUGGCCACUCACCCUGUGCCCAUGGCUGCACCAACACAGAUGGUUCCUUCUACUGCUCCUGUAAGGAUGGCUAUGUCUUGACAGGGAAGGAUGGAACCCAAUGCCAGGAUGUGGAUGAAUGUGAGGGCCCAGAAGGCAGUAUAUGUGACAGCCUAUGCUUCAACAUUCUAGGGUCCUUCCGCUGUGGAUGUUUACCAGACAGGGAGCUGGCCCCUGAUGGGAUCUCCUGUAUCACCAGUCCCACAUCCCUGGGACCAUCUGUGGAGCCUUCCCAUGGGCAGAAGACAGGAGAUAGAGAGGGAAGACUUGUGCUUUCUAUCACAACAUCAAGUCCAAGCGAGCACCUUGAGGAUACAUCCAAUGUGGCACCUACCAUGAGAAGACCCUUCCUCACACCCAAUACCCCCAUCACUCCAAUGUCACUCCAAACUCCAGCUAUCAAUGGGUCCUCUGGCAUCUGGAGGGAGCCAAGCAACCACCACCCUACGGUCACCACUGGCCUUGAGGAGUCUACAGGAGGGAAUUUCAUGGUCCAACAAAGAGAUGAUGGCACCGACAGGCAAAAGCUACUUUUGUUCUAUAUCCUGGGCACUGUGGUGGCCAUCCUACUGUUGCUGGCUUUGGCCCUAGGGCUCCUGGUCUACUGCAAGCGGAGAGCCAAGAGGGAGGCAAAGGAGAAAAAGCCCCAGAGUGCAGCAGAUAGCUACUCCUGGAUUCCAGAGCAAGCUGAAAGGAGAGCUAUGGAAAACCAGUACAGCCCAACAGCUGGAACAGACUGUUGAAGAUGAGGUGGUCCCAAAGACACUGUCAGUCUGCUGCCACCAUCCUCAGAGCUUAGAGCCCUUCUCAAAAGGGAGAACCUGCAACCUUCUGAAAGGCUGGAUUGGAAUCUGAGAAAACAAUUGUAAACUUUCUCUAUAAAAGCCUGGCAAACUGGAAUAUACAGGUAUAUUCUAAAUGUGUAUGAUAUUCCUGAAGUGGAAUAGAUAAAUCAUGGUGUCUUUUUGGAAAUUUUUGAAUAUUAACAAUUUGUACUCAUUCUUCUUUUUCAAAUUCAAAUAUGACUACUUUCAUUUUUUGCACUGAUUCUGAACUAUAAGUCAGGUGCUAAUGGGUUUCCCUUGAGCUACUUUUCUGAUCACUGGAUUUAUGUAAAAAGAAAAGGGGUCCAAUAAUGUUAAUUAGGACUGAUAUAAUUUGUUCCCUUUAGUAUAAUGGAGACUAAGUCAAUUACUGUUUAAUUAUAUAAAAAGUUUUUUUAAGAGGAAACAUAUUGAGAACUGAGACCAUAUCUUUGCAUUUACAUUUAUACUUAAUUGCCUAGUUAACAAGGAGGCAGGGACUUUGGAAAUCGCAUUUCCCAUUUUUAGGUUUAUAAUUUUAUUGGGUUUAUUUGCCAGUGAAGCCUGAAAAAAUGUGUUAAAAGUUAUAUGAAGAGAGUUAAAAUAAUUUUGAAAAGAAAUAAUCUUAAGUGCUGAAGAAAGAGGCCAGGGUUUUUUUCCCCCCACAAAUACUUGAAUCUAAAUUCAUGUAAUUGUUCUGAUGCUAACGCAGGCUUAAAUACUGAUGAGAUAAACACUCAUAAGGAAAAAGCCAAAGAUAACUUUUCUCUAAGCCUGAACAUCACCAUCUCAGCAGGCUGCCCUGCCUUUACCUCAGGCAGCUCUUGAUCUGGGUGAUUUGGCUAUAAAGGGAGGGUAUAACAGAAUGUCUCUCAUUAUGAUUGCUUCUAAAGGUUGUGUGAGUGAAAUGACUUGCUGAGUCCUGAAAACUGUCAUCAUAAAGCUUUUUAGUGCAGUUCAUAGUUAACAUUGCAUCUUGACAACUUGAUUCUGAUUUGUGACUAUAGCACACAAGAAAUUCAGAGACGAGUCAGGCCAGAUGAUUGUCCCAUUGCUUCUGCAGAAACUUAUGCCUUCUUUGUCUCUUUUCCCUGUAAAGAUGGGUGGAGUGGGAUUGAAAAGAGAAAGAGAGAGAAGUAUCUUUUCAGAUCCUUUGUCCAUUUUUUAAUUGGUUUGUUUGUCUUCCUGGAGUGGAGUCCUGUGAGUUCUUUAUAUAUUUUGGAGAUCAAACCCUUGUCUGAGGUGUCAAGAGCAAAUAUAUUUUCCCAUACCAUUGGUUCCCUUUUCAAUUUGCUGAUGUUUUCUUUAGCUGUGCAGAAGUUUUUUUUCUUAUUUUGAUGAGAUUCCAUUUGUUUAUUCUUUCCAUUAUGUCCCUUGCUGUAGGAAAUAUAUCAGUGAAAAUAUUGCUACAUGGAAUAUCUGAGAUUUUCCUGUCUAUGUUCUCCUCUAGGACUUUUAUGUGUCCUGACUUAUAUUGAAGUCUUUUAUCCAUCUUGAGUUCAUUUUUGUGUACUGUAUAAGUUGGUGGUCAAGUUUCAUUUUUUUUUUUGCAUGUAGCCGUCCAGAUCUCCCAACACCAUUUGCUGAAGAGGCUAUUUUCACUCCAUUUUAUGCUGCUGCACCAUUUAUCAAAUAUUAAUUGACCAUAGAGACUCAGGUUUAGUUUUGGGCUCCCUAUUUUGUUCCAAUGAUCUAGGUGUCUAUUCUUAUGCCAGUACCAGACUAUUUUUAUUACUGUGGCCUUGUUAAUAUAGUUUGAUGUCAGGUAUGGUGAUCCCUCCUAUUUUGUUCUUUCUCAGCUAUUUGGGGUUGUUUAUUGUUCCAUAAUAUUUUUUUAAAUGUUAAUAAACAAAUUAAUUAUGUUCCAUAAUAAUUUUUUGAAAUGUCUGUUCUCUAUGAAAUAUGUCAUUGUUAUUUUAAUAGAGAUUGAGUUGAAUUUACAAUUUACAGAGGGUCCAAAGACAUAUGAAAAGAUGCUCAGCAUCACUAGCCAUCGGAGAGAUGCAAAUGAAAACCACAAUGAGAUAUUGCUUCACAGUUGUCAGAAUGGCCGUCAUAACCAAGUAAACAAAAAACAAAGUUUGUAGAAUAAAAGGGAACCCUAGUACACUGUUUGUAGGAAUGCAGACUGGCGCAGCCACUGUAAAAAACAGCAUGGCAUUUCCUCACAAAACUAAAAAUGGAACUGCCUUUUGACCCAGACAUUCCACUGUUAGGACUAUACCCUAAUAAUCCCAAAACACUAAUUCAAAAGAAACUAUGCACUCCAGUGUUCAUAGCAGCACCAUUUAUAAUAGCCAAGUUUUGGAAGCAACCUAAGUGCCCAUCAGUAAAUGAAUGGAUCAAAAAACUGUGGUACAUGUACACAAUGGAAUACUACACAGCAGAAAGAGAGGAGCUCCUGCCCUUUACCAGAGAAUGGAUGGAACUGGAGAGCAUUAUGCUAAGUGAAAUAAGCCAGGUGGUGAAAGAUAAAUACUAUAUGAUCUCACCUAUGAGUGGAACCUAAUUAACAAAACAAACAAGCAAACAAAAAAAUAACCAGAGACAUUGAAAUUAAUAACAAACUGACAGUAACCAGAGAGAAGAUGGGAGGGGAUAAUGGGAGAAGGGGGAAAGGUUGUGAAGGAACAUGUAUUAAGGACACAUGGACAAAGCCAA